AUGCCAAUUAAUCAACCAUCUGGUCAGAUUAAAUUGACCAAUGUUUCUAUGGUCAGAUUGAAGAAGAACAAGAAGAGAUUUGAAGUUGCAUGUUAUCAGAAUAAAGUUCAAGAUUACCGUAAAGGCAUUGAAAAGGAUCUAGAUGAGGUAUUACAGAUUCAUCAAAUAUUUAUGAAUGUAUCGAAAGGUUUGGUGGCCUCUAAAGAAGAUCUACAGACAUGUUUUGGUACAAAUGAUGUUGAUUUGAUUAUUAAAGAGAUCUUAAAUAAAGGUGAAAUUCAAUUAUCUGAAAAAGAAAGACAGUUGAUGCUAAAUAAGAUUAACAAUGAAAUGCUAACGAUUAUAAGUACCAAAUGUAUUAAUCCAAAAUCCAAAAAGAGGUAUCCUCCAACAAUGAUUCACAAAGCAUUGAAUGAAUUAAAAUUUAGCCCCGUAGUAAAUAAGCCAGCAAAAUUACAAGCAUUAGAAGCAAUCAAAUUGUUAAUCUCAUCACAAAUAAUUCCAAUAGUAAGAGCCAAAAUGAAGAUAAAAAUCGUAUUAAAUCAAGAAGCUCAAGGCAGUGGUGAUUCUACUGAACUUGUAGAAAAGAUUACUAAAUUUUUCAUUAAACCAGUUAUAGUUGAAGAACCUAUAUGGACUUGUACAGGAUUGAUUGAUCCUGUUAGUUAUAGAGACUUGGUAUCAAUAUGUAAUGGUAAUGGUACUAUACAAGUAUUGGAUAUGGCUGUAAUAGAUGAUAGCAACUGA